GGAGACUCCAUCUUCUUAGUUUUCAGCAAACUCGAAAAUGUCUUCCAAAUACUUCUCAGUGUUGUUUCUUCUUGGAGUGGCUCUUUUCAUCACUUCUUCACUUGCUGAUUACCACCAUGAGCCUCCCAAAAAAGAGCAUAACCCACCAGAACACAAGCCCCCAAAACACAAACCACCUCAUGGACACAUGUUAGUAGAGGAGGUUGAGGACUCCCACAAGCCUGAUUUCCCAGGACAUGGUGGAAAGGGAGAGAAGCAACCACCUCACAAGCCUGAUUUCCCAGGACACGGCGGCAAGGGUGAGAAGGAACCACCGAAGCACAAACCACCGCAUGGACACAUGUUGGAGGAGGAAGUUGAUGACUCACACAAGCCUCAUUUCCCAGGACAUGGUGGCAAGGGGGAGCACCAACCGCCAAAACACAAGCCACCGCAUGGACACAUGUUGGAGGAGGAAGUUGAGGACUCACACAAGCCUGAUUUCCCAGGACAUGGUGGCAAGGGGGAGCACCAACCACCAAAAGGCAAGCCACCGCAUGGACACAUGUUGGAGGAGGAAGUUGAUGACUCACACAAGCCUGAUUUCCCAGGACAUGGUGGCAAGGGAGAGCACCAACCGCCAAAACACAAGCCACCGCACGGACACAUGUUGGAGGAGGAAGUUGAGGACUCACACAAGCCUGAUUUCCCAGGACAUGGUGGCAAGGGAGAGCACCAACCGCCAAAACACAAGCCACCGCACGGACACAUGUUGGAGGAGGAAGUUGAGGACUCACACAAGCCUCAUUUCCCAGGACAUGGUGGCAAGGGAGAGCACCAACCGCCAAAAGGCAAGCCACCGCACGGACACAUGUUGGAGGAGGAAGUUGAGGACUCACACAAGCCUCAUUUCCCAGGACAUGGUGGCAAGGGAGAGCACCAACCGCCAAAAGGCAAGCCACCGCACGGACACAUGUUGGAGGAGGAAGUUGAGGACUCACACAAGCCUCAUUUCCCAGGACAUGGUGGCAAGGGAGAGCACCAACCGCCAAAAGGCAAGCCACCGCACGGACACAUGUUGGAGGAGGAAGUUGAGGACUCACACAAGCCUCAUUUCCCAGGACAUGGUGGCAAGGGAGAGCACCAACCGCCAAAAGGCAAGCCACCGCACGGACACAUGUUGGAGGAGGAAGUUGAGGAUUCACACAAGCCUCAUUUCCCAGGACAUGGUGGCAAGGGAGAGCACCAACCGCCAAAACCCAAGCCACCUCACGGACACAUGUUGGAGGAGGAAGUUGAGGACUCACACAAGCCUAAUUUCCCAGGACAUGGUGGCAAGGGAGAGCACCAACCGCCAAAACACAAGCCACCGCACGGACACAUGUUGGAGGAAGUUGAGGACUCACAUAAGCCUAAUUUCCCUGGACAUGGCAAAGGAGAAGAGCAACCACCACACGGUGGCAGGGGAGAGAAGCCACCACCUAAGGAGAAGCCCCCAACUCAUGGGGAACAUGAGAAUCCACAUAAGCCACCUAGGAAGCUGAAGCCGCCAACUCAUGGGGAGAAGGAACCAAAGCCCUAGAACAAGCCACCUCAUAAGCCUUCAUCAGCCAACUAAUAUAUCAAUAGGAGUUUAGUAUAUCUAUAAAUAAGAGACCAUGCACCGUGCAAAUCAUAUAAUAAUUUCUUGAGAGUAGUAUUCUGUUCUAUGUAUCAGUUAUUACUUAAGAGAAGUUUUAUUUGUUUUGCUUUGGUCAAUGAAGUGCUUAUUGUGUUUUGGUUCGUCUUUAUGGUCAUGUAGAGUGUUCAGUUCAUUGUGAUAUAUUUGAGAUUUUUUUCUGUUUA